UUUCGCGCGCUAGUGGAAUUAGCGGCGACGGCGUUAGGCUUAGCUGCAGCGUCCAUGUCCGUGUGCGUGGCCGUCGAACCGACCGUCACGUCCCCCGAAGGUCUGCGGACGUACUACGGCACCGGCAUGACCACCGAAAUGGCCGAUUUCCACGAUAUGUGGCAGGACAUCGAAAGUGUCCUUCUAGGAGAUAUGACUUUAAGUACGUCUUCCGGAUAUACAGAAAUUAGAAAUGUAUGCUCCAAUCAAAGUUCUUUCACUCCUACUACAGAUGACAGUGGAGGAGGUAGCAUGUCUUCGGUACAUUUGAAUAAUACAAACAAUAAUGUUGCUCAGCGUGGUUGCCCACAAUAUAAUCAAUCUUUAUCAUUAAACUUUUCAUCUCAAUCACAGAAUGUUCUCCAAGUUCAUCCGAUCCAGAAAAGGAGCAAUGAUUCAAACAUUCGGUUAGAAAGAGAGUUAGGUAUAGUUUACGAAACUCCACCUAAAAUUUCGUAUGAAGAUACAACGGCUCAAACAAACAUUUUGCCAGCAGUGUCUUCCAAGUAUGAUAUGGGUUUAGUCAAUAACACUCCGAUUGAGCAUCAGACCCCCGAAUCACUUGCAAUGUUUGCUUCUCAAGAAUAUCAACCACCGCAUCAACAACAUCUCAGGUAUGGAUCUUCCAUCGUCGACAAUAAGCCUGACAUUAUAGGUGGAAGUCUUUUUAAUUCACCACCUCCAAUUCACAGUAGGGACAUGACUAAUAAUACUGGCCCGAAUAAUUAUAUGGUUUCACCGUGGAACACUUAUCCAUCACCCAUUGUAACUAGUCAUUCAUCGCCACCAUCUACACCAGACAAUACCUCUGCAAUUAGGUAUCAACAGAAUAUAAACCAGUAUGAUGGCUAUUUUAACAAUGCUCCUCUGCAAAGAAUACCAGCAGGACGAAACAAUCACAUACCUACAAAUCACAUGAUGACAGCUCCAUUUCCAUCAUCUUAUUCAUCCCAGGGGAGGAUGGUAACCCCUCCAAAUUCGCCUCAUUUGGUGGACUUACUGUCCGGGAGAAGUGGGACAGCGGGAAUGACCAUCCUGUCCAAUCAGGGCGCUGUGGGCAUCGAACAAACACUAAAUGCUGGAGUCGUACAACCUCCUCCACCUCCUACAAAGCCCAGAAGAGGCAGAAGGUCCCGAGGACCUAAGAAAGUAACCAUUCAUACAUGCUCAUAUCCAGGGUGCUCUAAGACAUACUCCAAAAGCUCUCAUCUAAAAGCUCACUUGAGGACUCAUACGGGAGAAAAGCCAUAUCAGUGCAAUUGGAAAGGCUGUGGAUGGAAGUUUGCAAGAUCUGAUGAACUUACAAGGCAUUAUAGGAAACACACAGGAGACAGACCUUUCCAGUGUAGACUGUGUGAAAGAGCCUUUUCAAGAUCGGACCACUUGUCUUUACACAUGAAAAGGCAUACUGAAAUUGUUUGAUAGUUAAUUCGCUGGUCUCUAGGUAUCAGAGACUGGCGAGAUUGUAGCAUUGACCAAAAAUUAUGAAAUUAAAUUUAUUAAAGGUGGAGGUGCGACAAAUUAUCUUCAAUUUUUCUCCCUAAGUGCUUUCCUCUUUGAUCUCGUACACAAUACUGGCGAUAUCAGCCUCAAGUGUGUGCAAUAGUUGAUUCUGCAUUUCUUUGAAAUGUUGUAAAGUGACUCCAUGUCCUGAGGUCAGUUUCGUAGAAGGCAUAUUGAGUGGCACAACAGUAUGAUUCAUGUUAAACUUGCACAUUAAUAUGUGGUUAUAAUUCCCAAAUGAAUACAUACGUAUGAUAAUUACCAAUAACAAGACAACGAUUGGAAAGCUUAUUAAGAACAUACAAAAAGACUGAGGGUUCCUUUCUGGACGCCGGAAUCUAGGAUCGUUGUGGACUGGCCGGAAUUAAGUUUGUCGUUCAUUGCCAAGUCUUCCUAAUGAAACAUUUCGGAAAAAUAAAAAUACAAAAUGAUGAUAUAUUUAAAAACAAAAAUGUUCACAAUCAGAAGAGAAAUGGAAGUUGAAAAUUGAUUUUGUAACAGAAAUUUUAAAUUGAAAACACUUGUAUCAAAAUCAAUCCAAAUAUUUCUGUUAAGUUGAAAAAUGGGGAUCAAUUUUUAUUUUAUAAUAUUUUUAUCCGUAUACAAUAUUAAAUAAC